AUGAGUGUACGACGUGACAAGCUAGCUGGUCCCCAGCAAGGGCAGCUUGACUCAACCUUUAGCUCAAGCUAUGAGGCUGGGGCUGACGCUGACGAAGACACGAGAAAGCGACCGAGUAUACCGGUCGAGGUUAAGGGUGACCAGUAUUUGUUAAAGGCAGAGGACGCCGAACUAUUACAAGACAUUCUCCGUCAAAAUCUACUACAUCUAGAAGGAUCCGGCAUUUCAGGGAGACAUCUGCAUCGUUUUCGAGACCUGGAGUUCACCCGGCAGUUGAGCACUUUUGACCGUCAGAAUCCAAGCUUGAGCUCAUCGCAGUUUCGGGGCUUCUUCACGCUAUUCUGGCUUGGGGUUGCCCUACUCUUGGUUAAAGUUGCUGCGAACAACUGGAGGGACCAUGGGACGAUUUGGGCUCAGAAUGAGAUUGUGCGCCUUAUGUUUCAUAAGGAUGUAUUGGUGCUCGGUUUGACGGAUUUUGUUCUGUGUUGGUGUACGACUUUCUGUCUAGGACUACAGCGAGUACUGCUGAAGGGUUAUCUUCGCUGGAAUGGCCUAGGGUGGAUCAUUCAACAUAUUUGGCAAACAGCAUACCUUGCUGGUUUCAUCUGGUGGACUUACCAUCGUGACUGGGCAUGGACUCAUACUGUUUUCACGGUUCUGCAUUGUUUAGCGAUGCUGAUGAAGCAACACAGCUAUGCAUCUUACAAUGGCUACUUGUCUGAAUUAUACCACAAGCGAGAGCUACUAAUAACUCGCCUUGGCCGAUUGGAAAAGCAGAGCAAGAAGCCCGCCGUCCCCGGAGCUCAAACAUCUGCAGUAAGCAAAGGCCUUGGCUCCGAAAUCGCCAGCUUGAAGCGACAAAAUUCACGACAGCGCUCGAUUGAUUUGAAAAAUAUCCAAAGUGAUAGUUCUCAUGAUACUGAUCACCUCCUUCUACUUUCCGAGACAAUUGAAAAUGGAACACCCCUGGCACCGAGACAAAUGAUGUCACUCAAGUCUCUGCUCGAAAAAGAGAUCGAGUUAUUGACCCAAGCACUCAAAGGCCAAUCCAAAUCGAGCAAUCCUUACCCGGGUAAUCUCACAAUUGGCAACUUUUGCGAUUUCAUCACCCUGCCUACGCUGGUAUAUGAGUUGGAAUAUCCACGUACGGAACGCAUUGACUGGGCUUAUGUUGUGGAAAAGACUGCUGCCACAUUUGGUACUAUCGUGGUUAUGAUUGUCAUUUCCCAACACUGGAUUUAUCCUGUUGUUAUGUCAGUUCUGCGCAUGGAGCAAGAAGGGAUGACGGUUGAGCAGCGGCUCCAGGAAUUCCCCUGGGUGUUGAGUGAUCUACUGUUUCCCUUUAUGAUGGAGUAUUUGUUGGCUUUUUACGUUAUUUGGGAGUGUGUGUUAAAUGCCCUGGCAGAAAUCACCCAAUUCGCCGAUCGCGGGUUUUACGCCGACUGGUGGAACUCGGUUUCCUGGGACCAAUUUGCCCGCGAUUGGAAUCGGCCUGUACACAAUUUCUUACUCCGACACGUCUACCAUAGCUCUAUCAGCACGUUCGAUCUUUCACGGGUCUCGGCGAGCUUGGUCACAUUUUUCCUGUCCGCUUGUGUACAUGAACUCAUCAUGUUAUGUAUCUUCCGCCGUCUGCGGGGCUACUUGUUGAUUCUACAAAUGUCUCAAUUACCGCUGGUAUCUCUAAGUCGAACCCGGUUCAUGCGGGAUCGUCAAUUGGUGGGGAAUGUUGUUUUUUGGUUGGGGAUAUUUAUGGGACCUAGUUUUCUUUGCACUUGCUGCACCAUUGGUGUAAAGCACGAAGGCGAAGCCAAGGGCCAGAUUAAACAGGUCGGCGAUGUCGAGGUCUAUUUCUCCUACCCCUCAAACCGCCAAACAAAACGCGCAAUCCUCCUCCUAACAGACGUAAUCGGCCACCGCUUCAUAAACGCUCAGUUAAUCGCAGACCAAUUCGCCGCAAAUGGAUACUUCGUCGUCAUGCCCGAUCUAUUCCACGGCGACCCGAUAGACCCCGUACCCGAGAACCGUCCGCCAGGCUUCGAUCUGAUGAAGUGGCUAAAUGGUCCGCCGGGCCAUCUGACUGAGCGUGUGGAUCCGGUGGUGAAGGCUGUGUUGAAGGAGAUGAAGUCCAAUCUGGGUUGUGAGCGGAUUGGGGGUGUUGGGUAUUGUUUUGGCGCCAAAUAUGCUGUCAGAUUCCUUCAACCCGGCAACAUCGACGUUUCCUACGUCGCUCAUCCUAGUUUCGUCGAGGCCGAUGAACUAGCAGCCAUUAAAGGACCUCUAUCUAUUGCAGCUGCCGAAACGGACUCAAUCUUCCCAACGCCCAAACGACACGAAUCCGAAGAAAUCCUGCUAAAAACAGGCCAACCCUAUCAAAUCAAUCUUUUCAGCGGCGUUGAGCACGGCUUCGCUGUUCGCGCUGAUAUUACCAAGCCUAUUAUUCGCUUUGCGAAGGAGUCUGCUUUUACUCAGGCUGUUGUUUGGUUUAAUCAGCACCUUUAG